ACGAACACUCCCCCCACUCUCACUCGACUCGCUAUCCGCUCACCUCACCUCCGCUCGCCGAGGAGCAGAGCCCAGCCGAGCAGACGAGGAGCAUGAAGCGGACGAGGGCACAGCAGCCCAAACUGCAGGAGGCGCAGGACGGCGCUGGCGCCGGGAACCCCACUGCGAAGCCGCAGCGGCGGGCGAAGCAGCCAAGGCAGCCCAAGGCGGCGGCCAAGAAGGCGGCCGCGGCGGCGGCACGCGAGACCUCGUCGGCUUCCGGGGCGGCUGUCGCGUCACCGGUAUCCUCCUCGCCCGUUGCCGACAUGGCGCCCACCGUGCCCGACGUGUGCGCCGGCGGGCACGACGCCGGGGCGGCGACCGUGGAGUGGGACCUCGACGGCGGCCUCAGCACCGGGUCGUCGUGGUGGACGUUCGGCGUGGAGGAGGAGAAGCUGCUCGGGUGGUUCCCCUUCGUGGAGGAGGACUUCCGCUGCCUCAGCGGCCGCGGCGACGCCGAGAUGGCCUUCGACGACGACAUUUGGAGGAUCCACCAAAUCUACGAGAUACCCAAUUAUGCGGCCAAGUGAUUGAUCUAAUCGGAUUCAUCUUGUUUUGCCUAGAUUACUCCUUGUUGCAUGGUACAGGAAUCAGUCAGUGUUGAGUGCGUAGCCAAGAAUGUGUUGACGAGGUAGCUAGCUACUGAUGAUGGUAUCCCAAUUCCCCAAUUGCAAAAUGCUGCAAUUCUAAAACUACCUCCAUUACAUUC